UUUAACAUACCACUGUCGCACUUCCAAUAUUUGCGAAACAAUUUUCUUGUAAUAGAAUUCAAUAUUACAACUGUAAUCCAACCUCGUCCAUUUUUAAUGGACACUGUGGUAGCGAAGUUACGUUUUACUUAGCGUCAGAUUUUACGAGGGACACGGAGCUAAUUCGAUUUCAAAAUUAUACUGACUCUCCUAUGCGACUUUCUCAUGUGUCCAUACUCUUCGUAAUAGCUCGUGUGAAUGAUUCAACGAUUUUACUUUCUGCAAUUAUCCUAAACGGAAUGUGUAACGACCCAGCAAUCAUGCUCCCACGCUCGCGAGGCACGUCGGCGUUCUGUAUGAAAAAAUUGUAAGAUUAGUCGUCGAACAGAAGCAACCGUAGAAGCUUUAAAAUGGAUGGCAUGGAGAGGAGACAGUAUGGCUAUUUGCGAAUCAAUAAGUACUUUUUGUUCACCAUUGGCCAGUGGCCUUAUCAGUCUGUGCGGGAUAAGGUUUUCGUCGGUUUAAUUUUUCUACCAAUCGCUUGUACAUUGCUGGUUCUUCAGAGUGGAGGAAUGGUGGCAGCUUUUCUUGCAGGUGACUUUGAUUCGUUUAUGGAGAGUUUUGCCCCCGUCGUAAUCAGCAGUAUGUGCACUGCUAAAUACAUAAAUUUUAUUUUUAACGGGUAUCAGAUGAGAAAUCUUCUGAACAUGAUGCGAGACGAUUGGAAGACGUAUUCGGAAUCGACUAGUGAUUUCAAAAUUCUCUCCCGACAUUAUGAAACAGGAAAGAGGAUUACCUUUAACUAUGCAGUUUUUCUAUACGGAUCAAUGACACCCUUCAUGAUGAUGCCGUCGCUACAGAAUGCAGCCAACGCCUUAGGAUACUAUAAUCUGACUGACGGACGGCCACUGAUGUUUCGAGUCGAGCAUUUUGUGGAUACCGAUAAAUACUACUGUCCCUUGUUGAUACACUCGUAUUUUGGCUCCGCGGCGUUCAUCAUGAUAGCAGUGGCCUGCGAUUCGAUGACAGUACUUUACGUUCAGCACGAGUGCGGGCUUUGUGAGAUUUUAGGAGAAAAACUGCAAAAAUUCGCGGAGUCUGACGAUAGAAACAUAGAGUUGCAUUCUGACGAACGCAAAGACAGAGCGUAUCAAAAUCUCAGAACCUGCAUAAUACUACAUAAACAUAUAAUUGAAUUUGCUAAAACAAUCGAGGAUGCGAACACAGCGUCCUUUUUCUUCCAAUUAGGAUUCAAUUUGAUGGGUGUAAGCUUCACUCAAUUUCAGGCAAUAGCGAAUCUGGACACUCCGAACAAAUCUCUCCGAUUUGCAUCGUUCACGUCGUGCCUGUUAAGUAUCCUUUUGCUCGAUAACUGGCGAGGUCAACGAAUUUUGGACUCCACCGAUCGCAUAUUCGAUUACACGACCAGUGGCAAAUGGUAUCAGUCAUCUACGGAUUGCAGGAAACUCAUAAGUAUUAUGCUGUCCAGAAGUGUACAGCCUAUUAAAAUAACAGCUGGCAAAAUUUACACUUUACAUUUAGCGAAUUUCACGUCGAUCGUAAGAACAUCAUUUUCGUUCUGCAUGGUUCUGUGCUCCUUUCAAUGAAUUUCAAGUAACUGAUGACGAAUAUUGAUGUUUCUAAUCAAGAAACGAUGUGAGAAGAACGAAACGAACACAAAUUGG